AACUACAAGCCCUUACACAUUGACCCAACUAAGCUAAGCGUCUAUCUCUGUUGCGGUAAUACACUCGCGGUACUUUCCACUUUCAGUCGACUAUAUAGAAAUCUGAUAUACCGUGCGAAAAUUGCCGAGCUGCGUUCGAUUCGCUGUCGUUUGAGGCAUGUGCGAGAACAUUUUAUUCGCCGGCCAAUAGCGAGCGAAAAAUUUCGGCGUCAGUACAUGAGUCACGGAAUCUUCUCGAAGCGAUUAUCAAUCACGAAUGAGAAAAUUACCCGACGCAGCGCAAAUAAUAGCGCGAUGGGCGUGAAAGUGAAGUGAAGUGUGUGUACUUUGUGAAAUAAGAAAACAGGCGAGUCUUUCUUUUGCGCGUAGCGCAGUACUGUGGACAAUGAAGUAUACCGUUAUUAAGAUAGGCAAUCUAAGUGGAUUGAGUUGUGUGCUCAGCGACGUUCUUAACAGUGCUGUAUUUAUCUUGUUCGGUGCAUUGUUUAAGAAAAUUACGUAAUGCCCUCCAACUUGGACUAUUUUUACGAAAAAUAUUGAGAUAAAACUAACAUACGAAAUUUCUACAAUUCGCUGCGUCAUCUGAAGGCUCACUUUCUGCAUCGUAAUAGACUGGGAAAACGUGUUGCAAGGUUACAGAGGCCCAUCCCGUAUGUAUAAUAAUGGUAGUGGCGAUAGCGAUUCGUUACCUGCAUUUCACGAAAAACAAGAAAUCAAGUUUCGGUGGGGAGCGAGAAAAUACAUUAAUCUAUAAAUACGUGUUAUUAUAUACACUUGCCUUUAGCAUCACUGGAAUCGUAGAAUUUGUUUAAGGCGAGUUGGAGUGGAGUUCACUGUAUUUCGAUAGAAAAACAGAUGAGUACUUGAGUUAAGGCCAAUACUCCGAAGCUGCCGACUAUCACAACAAUGCCUAUCGCGCGUACUCUGAUGGAUUCCGUUGAGUUAUUAUUCUAAGCAAAUGCAAAAAAAAAGUAGAAGCCGUACCCAAGGUUAAAAGUUUGAAUUCUGAAGGGGAUCGCCUGUUUGAAGAGGGCAGAUAAAACAAGGCCAGUGAUAAAUAUAAAGAGACUUAUGCGAUAUCCACAGUAAGCAAACAGCAUCUAUAGCACGUACAAAGCCAAUCGGGAAAAAGCUCAAGCUGAUAUUGCAUACAAUUUGUGUUUGCAAUCAGACCGCCUACUCCGGGAAGAUAAAUACGACGAGGCCAAAAUUAAAUACCAGGGGGCUCAUGACAGACCUCGAAUUAAAAAAGUGAAGAGUAUAUACAGUAGUAAAAAACUCCAAAUUUUUCAAUAAAAAUUUGAAAAAGGAAGCAAAACAGACAAAAGAUUUAUAUCUGGCAUCAAGUUGUUCAGGAGUGCAUAAACGAAGCGACAGAUUCGAUAGAAUUAACCGAGUAAUACAUGAUAGCUGCAGGAUUGCAGAAUUUGGAUGUAAACAAAGUCGAAGGUAAAUACUUUUUGGAUGAUACGUCUUGCGAAGCUAGUAGAUCGAAGAGGCAUAGCAACUACUAUCUGUAUUAUAAUUAGCAAAAAUAUUACGGCUAAUAAUAAAGAAGCUAGACUUUCGAACAAGCAUUAAUUAUAAUCAACGAAAAUUUAUGCCACUGUUAAAAGCAUGAGAUAAUUCAUGGUAGUGUGUAAUUACAAGAAAGAAAAGGUGUUAUCACAAUUUUUAAAACCUAUGCAUUCUUUUGUAUACCAUAUUUCAACAUGAUAUAAGCGCGGUGAGCAUAUCUGCGAACACAGUACAUGUGAUUGUGUGAGUUGGGCGAUACCAACGAAGGGGAAUACAUCAUCGGAUCUCGCCUGUGUUAUGCGUUCUACGAAGAUUUGUACGAACUUUUUACGAGUUAAGUGCUUGCUCUAAUAAUCAAAAGAUUGAAUAAUAUCAUUUAAAAUGAAGAGAUUCAAAGCUGCCGAUAUCCAGAAACGUAACAAAGAAAUUAAUGAACAAGCUAAUAAAACUCGUAAAGAGCUAAUAAACGACGAAGUGGUAGGAGAUAUUGGUAACAAGCUUUUAACUCAUCACGAUUUAUCUCUGCAAAAUGUUGAAGAAUUGGGACGGCUUAUUGCUAAAAAACAUAAAUAUGAUAAGCAGCAACUAAUUGUUUGUAGUUUGACUGAAUUGAGUAUUAAAUUAGACUCUUAUAAUAAUGAUAUUGACAAAAAGCCAAUGUUCUUCAUUUGUCAUGAUGAUAACAGCACUAAAGUUACAUUCUGCAUCAUAAAACAAUGUAGCACCAUUGUUUGUUUAUUUAAAAAUUUUUCAAGGAAUGACAAAGUAGAAACAGUAGUGAAAAAUAUUUUAGAAAAACACUUUAAUCAAAUUACCCAAUUCAAGAUAAGUAAUACUGAGAACAAUAUAAAUCAGAAAGAUCUUGAUAUUAUAUGUUUGAAAACUUUAGAAACUAUGAUGAUAUACUUUAUGUCAGAUGAAAAAGAAAAUUUUAUUAAAAGCUUUGCUAAUUCUGAACAAACAUUUUUUCAAUGGUUAAAAGAAGGAACAAAAUCUUUAAAAAAUGAAUUAUUUACUUUAGUGAAGGAUGGUUACUAUGCAACUAUUGCUUCUGAUAUUGAUAAAUUAUCCAAAGAUACAGAAUUUAAAAAAGGAAUUAAGGAAUUUAUUGAUAGUAUUCCGUUAAUAGAAGAAGUAAAUAAUUUCAAAAACUAUCAAAAUCUAUUAAAAGAGUUCACAGAAUUAGACGAAAAUAAUCUUGAUUUUGAAUCUGAUAAAAUAAAACAGUUAUACACCAGGCUCGAACAUGCAAGAGCAAACGCUUUUAAUAAAUUGAAAAAAAUAAGUUUUGAUAUAGCUGAGAAUGAAAACGGUUCGUACCUGUUGAAUAUCGAAAAAAAAUUUCCGAAUCAAAUGAAGAAAUUCACGCAAAUUUUUGAACCAUUAGUAAGAUGUGAAACAGAUAAGGAGCUCGAUGAAAGACUUAAAGAUAUUAGCUUAAAAUUAGAUCUUGAUUAUGAAAAGUUAAAAAGUUUCUUUGAUAUUGCAGAUAAAAUGAAACAAGAAAUUAAUGAACAUGCUACUCCUGACAUAAAAAAUAUAGAAGAUGUUAUUAAUGCUUUACCAAAGUUAAAAUCUGAAAGCAGUGAUUUAGAGACAUAUAAGACAUUUGAAACAUUAUUAGCACAAACAAUAGUAGAAAAGUCAGAAAAACUGAGUGUUGAAUCACUGAAAGAAGGCUACAUUAAAAUUAAAAAUUUUUAUAAACUAUGGAGCAAUAAAGAUGCCUUGAAGAUUAAUCAAUGGGCAAAGUCAAAGCAGGGAAAACUUGCCGAUUCGGAAAUUUUUGAAGCCGUAGCUGUAUUGGACAGAGCUAAUCAACUCAUAACGGGAGGGCAUAGACUUCGCGAUACUCAAAUUUUAUCUGUACUCACGUUUUUACAACAGAAAGAUAAAGGUCAGUUAACACAAAUUCAAACAGGAGAAGGGAAAACUACUAUCGUGUCAAUACUUGCUGCCAUUAAGGCUUUAAAAGGUGAGAAAGUAGAUGUCAUUACUAGUAAUCCCGUUUUAGCAGUUGAUGGCGUUAAAGAUAAACAGCUAUUUUAUAAUUUAUUGAAUUUGAGCGUUACAACAAAUAAUUUAGAUGAAGAUUACAAAAGUGGUCCAAGAAAAUGUUAUGUAGCUGACAUUAUAUACGGAAGCAUAAGUAAUUUCCAAUUUGAUUAUCUAAAAGAUUCAUUUUUUAAUCUUAAGACACGUGCUGAAAGACCUUUUCAGAGUAUUAUUCUCGACGAAGUCGAUAGCAUGAUUAUUGAUAAUGCAAGUCAUAUAGCCAAAUUAUCAGAACCGUUCCCUGGCAUGGAAAAUUUGAAAUACAUCUAUAUAAAGAUAUGGCAAGAACUCCAUAAAGCUGAAAAAAGAAUUAUACAUGAACUGAAAGAGCAAUUGAAAGUAAGAGCUGAGGAAAUACAAAAGUUAUCACUAUCGGAAGAUGAAUCUCAGUCAUUAUACGAAGAAUUCCUAGAUGAAUUAGAAGAGUCAAUAAUUCAAAAAAUCAAAGAUUCUAUUAAACAAGCUAAACCAACAAAAAAUGACAUUAUUCCUUCCCAUAUACAAGAAUAUGCGGACAAUGCACUUGACAGAUGGAUUAGUAGUGCUCUUGAUGCUAAAUUCGUUUAUCGAGAAGAUGAACAAUAUGUUAUUGGUAUUAAAAAUGAAGAAAAAAUAAUUCAGCCAGUGGAUUAUGCAAAUACAGGAAUGACUUUAAAAAACACCAUAUGGCAACAUGGGCUCCAUCAAUUUCUUCAAUUAAAACAUAAUUUACACUUGACUUCCGAAAAUUUAACCAGUUCUUGUAUAUCUAAUCUUAGUUAUAUAAAUAAAUAUGGUAAUCAAAUAUUCGGUCUUACAGGUACUCUGGGUUCUGAAGCAGAGCAGAGGUUAUUAUCUUCUAUUUAUAAUGUAGGAUAUGCAAAAAUUCCAACUUACAAAGAAAAGAAAUUUGAAGAAAUUCCCGGUGAUAUCGUAGACGAUGAAAUAUUUAUUGCCACAAUAGCGAAUGACGUUAUAUCUAAAAUAAAAAGUGGCCGAGCAGUUUUAAUUAUAUGUGAAACAAUAAAAGACGCAAAGGCUAUUCAAAAAGAACUAAGGAAAUCAAAUAUUGCCAUCAGAAUGUUCCUUAGCGAAGAAAAUGCUUACAUUACUGAAAAGGAAGUUGAUUCUGGUGAUGUGGUUAUAGCAACGAACAUAGCUGGUAGAGGAACAGAUUUUAAGACUUCUGAAAAACUCGAAAAUAAUAAGGGUCUACACGUAUGUAUUGCUUUUUUACCCUGUAACAAGCGAGUAGAAGAUCAAGCUUUCGGUAGAACAGCUCGUCAAGGUAAUCAAGGAAGUGCUCAAUUAGUUAUAAAAAGAAGCGAAGUCAAUAAAUUAAACAUUAUUUCAAACUGUUUCAAAGUUAUAAAAUACUGUCGAGAUCAAAAAGAAAAGGAUAGGAUUCAGUUAAUUAGAGAAAUAAAAAUACCAGAACUAAAGUUUCAAGAUGAAUUAUUUGAACAAUUUUCAAUUUUAUACAGAAAACUAGAAAUAAAUUUUGAAUAUAAAAGAGAAUAUAAAUUUGUUUUAGAUGAUUUGAAAGAGUUUUGGGCUUUCUGGCUAAAUAAGCAAAAUUUUAAAGGACUUAAAAUUGCUGACAAAAUUGUUAAAGAGGAAUUUAGAAAGUUUGAGUCAGAAGCCGUUGAGGUAAUCAAGGGAAAAAUUCAGUUUAAUCCGUACUAUAGUAUACAGCAAGCCGAAUAUUUUAUUUCGUCAAAUGGUAAAUUGAGUGAAGCAGAACAAUCUUUGAAUCAUGCACUUCGCAUAAGUAAAAAUCCAGAAAUAUUGUAUAGUGCUUAUUUAAAAUUAUUUGAAAUCGCUAUCGAGAGAGGAAGAGUAUUCACAGACAAAUGUAGACAAGCUUUAAAAGAUGUUUUUUAUAUUCCAAUGGUUCAACCCGAUCGAGAAUACAAAAGAAAAGCUAAGGAUUAUCUAGAGCUAGCUAAAAAAGCAUUUAAGAAAGAGUUCGACUAUAUUGAAUAUCUUUGUAAUGAUGAAGAAUUUUUAAACAUUUUGAGAAAUGAUGUUAACGAUGAAGCUACUGAAACAGUGCCUAAUGAAAUACAACAAGAAAAUUUAUUCAUAAAACAUAUAAUCUCGAAGCAACAAGCUCUUAAUCUUGAAAUGAACCAUGCGGAUAAAUUGAUUCGUGAAAUCGAUACAUCCACUGCUGGCUUUUCAAUAGGUUGUCGGAUUCCUGAUUACCUUUGUAAUUUAAAACCAAACAAUGAAACUGAACAGACAAUGAAAAAAAUUAUCACAAACUCUGAAUUGGCGGAAAUAGCAGCUAAUGGCUCAAAUAUAACUUAUGCUCUCCGAGCUGUGCACGACGUUUGUCCCCAGAUUGCCAAAGCAGCAAAAAUACAAAUAGGCGGGGGAAUCGCAUUAAUUGGUACUGGAAUCUGUUUUCCACCAGCAUGUCCUAUAACGUCAUCAAUAGGUGGAACAAUGAUUACCGAAGGAAUAUGCGACAUCGCUAUCGAUUUGCUCAAUACCAAUAGCGAUGGCAAGUUUCAUAAAGAGGCUUACAUCAAGGGUAAAAUUAUUAGCUAUGGCAUAUCACUCCUCACGAUGGGUAUUAAAGCCAUACUGCAAUGUCCAAAAAUAUUAGAGAAAGCGAAAAAUGCUUGUCGGUGGAUUUCCGACACUUUGCGUAAAUGUCCAGUUUGGAAGUGCGCGUUCGAAUCUGUAGCAAGAUAUUUUGAUAAGCUUGCUGAUUGGUUUGAAAAAAUGGAGGCAAUAGCUAAAUUCAAUAGUAUGACUAAAAUGGAACAGCUAAAGUUUAUUGAAAACGCGAGAAAAAGUAACGAUUUAAAACACUUAAAACUUUUGGGAUCUAAUAUAUCACAAUAUCAACAUUUAUUAAAAGAAUUGCGAGAAACAGGCAGAUUACAGGAAUUGACACGUUUACACAAAUUGGGUCAAGUGUCAAUGAAUAUUUCUAUUAAUGUAGUCUUUAAUAUUGGAAAACAUAUACUUAUCACUAAAAUCGUUUUUCCAGUAUUGGCAUCAGUAAUGUCAGAUUUGCGACCUAUAGUUAAACAACACGUUGAAAAAGCAGUUAAAGAGAACAUUGAUAGAGAGAAAUUGAAGUAUACAAGUUUUGAGGAAAUCACAACUAUAAUUCAAAAGAUAAAGAAUUCUAUUGAUUACAAAACUAUAAUAGAUAUACUUAAAAAUACAAUCUUAGGAAUUUGCAAGCAUUGCAAUAAUUGGAAGGUUCAGAUAGGAGCUCUAGCAUUCGAUCAGUUUUCAUCGUGGUAUGAAAUUUAUAAUUGUGCUAAAAAUAUAUGUAGGCAAAUUGACCGCGAAUUAAAAUCCAGCGGUGAAUCAGUGAACAAAAACGUCGAUGAAAUCAUAGAUAAGUUGAUUAAACUGUUAUCGGAGGAAAUAUUCAGCUACAUUGUGAGUAAUACAAUAAAAACAUGUGAAGAUGUUUACGCGGUGGGGAAAUCAGCACGAGCAAAUUACAGACGUAAAGCUAAAAUAAGAAAAAAAUGUAUUGAACUAUGUGAGAAUUUCAAGAUGGACGGUCUAUCAGGACAAGAACAAAUUAUAGCAUUAAGCGAUUGCAUAAGAAGGCCCAUUCGUAUUCAUGAAGAAAACGGCAACAUAGUAGACAUAGGAGAGCAUUAUCCAGGAGACCCAAUAGAUAUUCAUUAUUUUCCUCCAGAUAAAAAUAAUUCUACUGGCCAUUACGUACCUUUUGGUAAAAAUAAAAAUUGGUCUUCUGGUGAUAACAAAAAUAAUUGUCUUUUUGAUGCCGUCGGAUUCAAAAUUGGAGCAGAUGCAGAUGAAUUAAGACAGAAAACUCAGGAAAAAAUAGAAGCCGAUCCGACGCAAUACAUAGCACUUCAUGUUCGUGACGUAAUGGGAACUGACAUACUAUUAGAAGGAGGCAGAACUAAUCAGCCUAUUUUAGAAGAUCAUUACCCAUCACACAAAUGUAAAAUAAAAGUAGCCUUUGGGCAUAGUAAAGUGCUCGCUAACUUACGUAAUAGCCUUAAUAAGCAUAAAAAAGAAUGUGAUGAGUUCAACAGUAAGACUGAGAGUCAGAAAUUCCGUUAUAGAAAACAUAACAAAUCAAUUCCCCAGUUUGGUAAUACUCCCGAUAAAGAUGAAAUGAUGAUGGGAUCAGUAUAUGUAAAAUUUAGCGAUGGCAGUAAAUUAAAACUUGUCACCGUAUCCGGAGAUAAGCCAUUUUCCGUCAGACAGUCUAUAUCUGAACAUGAGAAUCUAAAUUGUACUACAGAGCCUAUUGACUUUACAUGGAGUAACGAGGAUUUUGAAUUUGUAGAUCCUGGAAAACCUAGAGGCAAGGUAUAUGAUGUUUACAACAAGCAGGAAACAAAUUUUGAAUAUAGUAAAAGCUGUGCAGGACAAAAGCUGCUAUACGCGAUAAGUGAAUAUUUAAAAGCUAAUCCACAUUUAGAGAUAGAGGGUGAUAUAUACAUGGCUGAAUCGUGGUGUAAACCAGAUACUGGCAAAUUCUCAUCUGAUCAGGUUAUUAUUAAUAAAUCAUGUUCUCAUUGCGAGAUAGUAUUACCAAUUGCGACUGGUAAGAAUUACAAAGAUUAAUAGACAUUACCAACGAUUAAGUAAAAAUGUAAUUUUUAAAAUUAAGUAACGUAUAUUGUUUUUAUACCAAGACGAUAUGUUAAGCGUUAAAUAAACAUAAUAAUAAAAACAUUAAUUCUAUUUCAAAAAUAUUAUAGUCGAGCAAAUUAAUAAAAUUUUAAUUUAAAUCGAAUUCUGGCAAUGAAUAAACAAUUAUCAGAUAUACUUGAUUUAUCUUAGAAUAUUAGCAUAAUACAAUAGUUAUACUACUUUGAAUUCAAUUGUUGACAUUAAAUGCACACUAAAUGAAGAAAUUCCAAUAAUCUUCCAAUAAUCAAUCACUGCAAAUUUAUUGAGCACAAAUGAGAGUAUUGAUUGCUAUGAACAUUGAGCAUAAAAAAUCGUAGAGUAAAAUAAGCGAAGUAAUACAAUCUUUUAAGAUUAAUUCAGUCGUUUCUUAUGUCUCAAGUAAAUGUGAACGCUAUACGUUAAUAAUAACAAAUUCAAUGAAUUGAAUAAGGGAGUCUAUUACAUUUUUUAGCGUUAAGAAAUCGUUAAUAUUAGAGCAUUAAAUUUUACAUGGACAUAUGUAAAGUAAAAUUUAAACACACAAUUGGAGUAUGCAUAUAUAUAUAUAUAUAUAUAUAUCAGACUGUCUCAUCAGAACUGGAUUUUUGAUGUACUUACCUUAUAUCUGUUAUGAUUACAUUUCCAUGUACCGCUGAAAAUUUUUCUGACAUAUUUUCGUGACAAAGUCAAACUUAACUCUGCUCUUAUGGAAAAUUGCGAAUGUUACAUUACUACUGAAUAACAAUUAUUUUGCCAAGUACGUACACAUCGUGCCAAGCACGUACAAGCUUAGUUCAUGAUCGAGGAUUCCUCAAGUGCAAUACGCAAACGUCAAUGUAUUACUUAUCAUGCCAAACUUAUGUCGAGAUAGUGAUAUUAUUUUUUCUGUUUUUAUUUUUUAUUAUUUUUCCGUGGCAUUUAUUAUUUUACAGUACACAUAAUUCAAUACCUGCAUCGUACACUUUAUUUCGAAAAAAUUGAGAAAGACCUUAUUCCAACAUUAUCAAGCGCCAAUAGAUGCCGAUACUACCGAAUAAUUUAUAUUCGUAGUCAAUUAUUAGUUAUGAACUGUUAUAUAUACAGAUAUAGGUUCAUACGGGAUACGUUGAUGGAUUACCCUUGAUGGCCAGUAUGAAAAACAAAUCUCGUAAGAUUUCUGCAUAAAGCUCACCAUAGAAUGCUUGGAUCUUCAUGCUGACAGCUUUCGUAAAGAUUGAUGAUGAAAAAACGCUGCGCAAGACUGAUAAAAAUGACUGAAGUAUGGCCCACGUGCAUAAACAAAUAGUUCACGCAAAAUAUUUACAAAACACUGCAGUCUAAAGAGGAUCUUAUGUGAAAAGCAAUAAUUUAAAGUUGCUCUUUUGUGAAACUAUAUCUGUGACAGCAUGUCUUUCAUCGGUAUUAUAUUGAAUGCUAUACUCCUUUUUUUUCUACAGUAGUAAUAGUAAUAAUCAAUUUUCAAAUUUCGGUUAAGUAAUUUUUUAAACGAAAUUUAGUUGAUUACGUGAUUUUUUAAUACUCUUUUUUUCGUUUAUUAUUGCGAUGCAGGCCAUAUGUUAUAUUAUAUUAGAUUUAUGUCCAAAUAGCUGAUUCUUUGAUGUAAAACUUUAAAUAAAAAACGCUUUUUAUAUGAUAAUGAUUAUUCAUGACGUAUUAAUCUUUUUAAUCAAGAAUUCUGUAUAUUGUAGUUCGUUCUAAUAAAAGCAUC